GCGGUGCUGAGAUGAGUCUCCUGUCUAAGGCCACACGGAGGUCCCCCUCCCCCACCCGGGAGCCGUCAACGCCAGGGCCGUCUGACCAAACCUAAAACGCAUCGUCGGCCACGACGAUAUAAAUAAACCGUGCCAUACGGAUCGUUCGUUCAGUCGUGUGAACCUAAUGUGACCGGGUGCUAGUGUGACCCACACACACACACACGUGUCCUCGCAGUGCACGCGGCGACGAUCGAGGAUUCUGUUUUUCUUAUGGUGGUAGUUAAGUACAAGUGCGAUCCUGCGUAACGACGAGUUGUGAAAACGGACACUCAAAAAGGACACUCAGUGUGCUCAGUGGACGCCCUUUCGUAGCGUCAUUUUCGGAAAGUGUUGAGCGAUCGUACAAAACAAAAUGCGAUUGCUAGUGCUGCUGGGCUGUGUGCUAGCGGCAUCUAGCGGCAAUGCCGAGAUUACGACCGUCCUAGGACAGAACGGGUACGACUAUACCCCACCGAAGGUGCCAUUCCCACCGCCACCGAGCUGUCCUGCCGGGGGAGUCCCACCCUACUGUUGCACGAACGGUGGACAAGGACCUAACUGUGUUGUCCCUAGACCACCACCGCCUCCACCACCACCGUCCUGCCCGGCCGGAGGAGUCCCACCGUACUGCUGUACCAAUGGAGGAAGUGGACCGAACUGUUACGUGCCACCACCACCAACGCCUCCACCAACUCGACCACCUCCACCGCCUCCGCCAAGCUGCCCGGCCGGUGGUGUUCCUCCCUAUUGCUGUACCAACGGAGGAACUGGCCCCAACUGUUAUGUCCCACCACCGCCAACUCCCCCUCCGACUCGUCCACCACCUCCACCACCGCCAAGCUGUCCGGCAGGUGGAGUUCCACCGUACUGCUGUACUAACGGAGGAUCGGGCCCGAACUGCUACGUGCCACCGCCACCCACUCCACCUCCAACGAGACCUCCCCCAACCCGGCCACCAAGCUGCCCGGCCGGAGGAGUUCCACCGUACUGUUGCACCAAUGGUGGACAGGGACCCAACUGCGCGGUUCCGACGAGACCACCGAAGGGAGACGAGUACCUACCGCCCUGCCCGAACGGAGGUGUAGGACCGAACUGUGUGGUACCGACACGUCCGCCCGUAACUCCGGCUCCAAGGCCUCCAUUCGGAUGUCCCAACGGAGGAGUUCCACCGAAUUGCUGUACCAAUGGAGGACAAGGACCUAACUGUGUGAUUCCUAGACCACCGCCACCACCGCCAAGCUGCCCUGCUGGAGGUGUUCCACCUUACUGCUGUACCAAUGGAGGAACUGGCCCCAAUUGCUACGUCCCUCCUCCGCCAACUCCACCACCAACUCGCCCACCGCCUCCACCACCGACUCGUCCACCAAGCUGCCCAGCUGGAGGAGUGCCUCCUUACUGUUGCACGAACGGGGGAACUGGCCCGAACUGCUAUGUGCCACCGCCGCCAACUCCACCACCAACAAGGCCUCCUCCACCUCCACCGACUCGUCCGCCGAGCUGUCCUGCUGGAGGAGUACCUCCCUACUGCUGCACUAACGGCGGUACUGGACCAAAUUGCUAUGUCCCUCCGCCACCAACUCCCCCACCAACUCGACCACCUCCUCCACCGCCGACUCGUCCGCCAAGCUGCCCAGCCGGUGGUGUUCCGCCAUACUGUUGCACCAACGGAGGCACUGGCCCUAACUGCUACGUCCCACCUCCGCCAACUCCACCACCCACUCGUCCACCUCCGCCACCGCCGACUCGUCCACCGAGCUGCCCAGCUGGAGGAGUUCCCCCUUACUGCUGUACCAACGGUGGAACUGGACCGAACUGCUAUGUGCCACCACCGCCGACUCCGCCUCCAACAAGACCUCCCCCGACUCGUCCACCAAGCUGCCCAGCCGGAGGCGUUCCUCCUUACUGUUGUACGAACGGUGGAUCAGGACCUAACUGCGUUGUGCCGACGAGACCUCCGCCACCAACGACCCAAAGCAAUCAGUAUCUUCCACCCUGUCCUAAUGGAGGUGUUGGACCCAACUGCCAAGUACCGCCAACUCGUCCUCCCAGCUGUCCCGCUGGAGGAGUUCCGCCAUACUGUUGCACCAAUGGAGGAUCUGGCCCGAACUGUUAUGUGCCACCGCCUCCGACACCGCCGCCAACGAGACCACCGCCUCCACCACCGACCCGACCACCAAGCUGCCCAGCCGGAGGAGUUCCGCCGUACUGCUGUACCAACGGAGGAACUGGCCCGAACUGCUAUGUUCCACCGCCACCAACACCUCCACCAACUCGGCCACCACCCCCUCCACCAACUCGUCCGCCGAGCUGCCCUGCCGGAGGAGUUCCGCCCUACUGCUGUACUAACGGAGGCACCGGCCCGAACUGUUACGUCCCGCCUCCGCCAACUCCACCACCUACCCGUCCACCUCCGCCACCACCGACUCGUCCGCCAAGCUGCCCAGCUGGAGGAGUCCCUCCUUACUGUUGCACGAACGGAGGUACCGGCCCGAACUGUUACGUCCCACCGCCACCAACACCUCCACCGACAAGGCCUCCUCCACCUCCACCGACCCGUCCGCCGAGCUGUCCAGCCGGAGGCGUUCCGCCAUACUGUUGUACUAAUGGAGGAAGUGGACCGAACUGUUAUGUACCCCCUCCUCCAACACCUCCACCAACACGUCCUCCACCUCCACCACCAACUCGUCCACCAAGUUGCCCGGCCGGUGGUGUCCCGCCAUACUGUUGCACCAACGGAGGCACUGGCCCCAACUGCUACGUCCCACCUCCGCCAACUCCACCACCCACUCGACCACCUCCGCCACCGCCGACUCGUCCACCGAGCUGUCCAGCUGGAGGAGUUCCCCCUUACUGCUGUACCAACGGUGGAACUGGACCGAACUGCUAUGUGCCACCACCGCCACCAACUCGUCCACCACCUCCACCGCCAACUCCUGGCAAGGAUAACGAAUACCUUCCUCCAUGUCCUAACGGAGGAGUCGGUCCCAACUGUGUCGUGCCAACCAGACCACCGCCUCCGCCUACUCGUCCACCACCGGCAUGUCCGGCCGGAGGAGUUCCCCCCUACUGUUGUACGAACGGAGGAAGUGGCCCGAACUGCUACGUUCCACCGCCUCCGACACCUCCGCCAACUCGACCACCACCACCGCCAAGCUGCCCGGCUGGAGGUGUCCCGCCCUAUUGCUGUACCAACGGAGGAACUGGCCCUAACUGUUAUGUCCCACCACCGCCGACUCCACCUCCGACUCGUCCGCCACCUCCACCACCGCCAACCUGCCCGGCAGGAGGUGUUCCACCUUACUGCUGCACGAAUGGAGGCAGUGGACCAAACUGCUACGUCCCGCCGCCGCCCGCUCCUCCACCAACACGUCCACCACCACCACCACCCGUAUGUCCGGGCGGUGGCAUUCCACCGUACUGUUGCACGAACGGAGGUUCCGGACCGAACUGUGCUGUACCGACGAGACCUCCGCCGCCUCCGACGAGCCCUGCACCUAGCUGCCCUAACGGUGGUGUGCUGCCUUUCUGCUGCACUAACGGUGGCCAAGGACCGAACUGCGAAGUGCCGUCCCACACGCUCGAGGAAGAUGGUUACCAUUACAAGCGGCCCAGCAAACCGUUCACGUUCUAGCUUUAGUUACAGCGCAAGCGCCCGGAAGCUGUAUUUUAUGUUCAUUUAAUUUUGUCUUUACUAUUUGCUUAAGUUGAUUCGUUCAUCUGUGAAUAGCAAUAAACGCAAACGCCUCUACUCAUGUACAUUUUUAACAA